AUGGGUGAAAAAAACAUUGUCGUUGUAGGAGCCGGUGUUGCUGGUCUGACCACAGCCUUCCUGUUAUCCAAGAAUCCACGGUACAAGGUCACAAUUGCUGCAAAGCACAUGCCGGGAGACUAUGACAUCGAAUAUGCGUCGCCUUGGGCUGGCGCAAACUACAUGCCGGUGUCGGUAAAGGGGACUCCGGCACAAGAGUGGGAUAGGAAUACCUGGCAACCCUUUUUUGACUUGGCAAAGAACCAUCCCGAAGCUGGUGUUCACUUCCAAAGAACAGAAAUUUACAAUCGUAAAAAGGACGUCUCCUCAGCCACGGCUGCCUGGUUUGCUGACCUUGUCAGUCCCAAUCCAUGGUUCAGUACCCUCUUUGACGAUUUCCGCGAGAUCCCCAAGUCGGGACUCAAGCCCGGAAUCGAUAACGCCACGUGCUUCACCUCAGUCUGCAUCAACACUGCAAUAUACCUGCCUUGGCUCGUAUCCCAAUGUCUAAAGAAUGGUGCCGUUGUCAAACGAGCGGUGUUCAAGCAUAUCGCAGAUGCUGCUGCCCCUGGCGUCCAUCAUUCAGGCCGCCCAGCCGACCUUGUGGUCAACUGUACCGGACUCUCGGCGUCGAAACUCGGCGGCGUUGAAGAUAAGUCGGUUGUGCCUGCUCGAGGUCAGAUUGUUGUUGUUAGGAACCCGGCGCCCGCGAUGUAUGCCACGUCCGGGACAGAUGACGGUCCAGAUGAAGCCUGCUAUAUUAUGACUCGGGCUGCCGGUGGCGGGACAAUUUUGGGCGGUUGUUAUCAAAAAGGGAACUGGGAAUCUCAGCCCGACCCGAAUCUCGCCAUCAGGAUCAUGAAACGAUGUGUCGCCAUCUGCCCCGAGUUGACGGGCGGCAAGGGCAUUGAGCAUCUCGACAUUAUUCGACACGGCGUUGGGCUAAGACCCGUGCGGGAAGGAGGAACUAGAAUUGAAAAAGAGAAAAUCGAUGGCGUCUGGACGGUACACAACUAUGGUGCAGGCGGUAAGUGA